AUGUCUGUCACUGCUGGAACGUGGACGCUCGCAAGAACCACCAGCGAAGCGGUCGAAUCCUUCUUCGGCCUACAUGAAGAAGGUAAUGAAGCCACCUUCGAAGAUUACCGUGAGCUGGUGGACCGCAAGCACUUCGCCCCAGGGGGGAAGUAUCACUCAAUUGUCAAGCUAUUCAUGCGAUACGAAGGCCAAGAGCCCGACGACCAGCGUCAUGCCAUGGGCACGGGAUGGCUUGUUCGCGAUGACACCCUUGUGACUGCUGGUCAUUGUGCCUUUGACUGGAGCCAGAACGAUGGAAAAGGGUUCGGUCGGGCGAUCGAGGUUAAAGCGUACAUUGGCUACAACGGCAAAAGGUCUAUUAUCAAUGACGCCAAUGUCCAGUUCCGGCACGGCGUUCAGAUCGUGACUACCGAGGGAUGGCUUCAAUCUGGGGUGAACCGCCAUCAUGACGUCGCUUUUAUCCGGCUCGAUCGGCCCUUCACCAAUGUCACCACCCUUUUCAAGCCGACUGAGACCCCCUUGGUCAGCAAGGAUAUCAUUGGCGUAGUGGGAUAUCCCGGUGACAUGCAGGUGGAUGGAGAGUUUGGCGCACAGAUGUAUGAAGAAUUCAAGACUGUCGAAUGGGAUCGGCGCAAGGCAGCGAACCAGAUGCUGGAGUAUCGUAUCGAUACAUACAAAGGUCAAUCAGGGUCUCCAGUCCUUGUGCAGAACCGGCCUCUGACCUCCAUCGGCGCUCAUGUCUACGGGGGAGCUGGAAACAACUCGGCCAGCCCCAUUGGAGGGGAGUAUGGGAAUCCAUACCAUGAAUACAUAUCCGUUCUCCAGAGACAAUAUCCUGUACAGACGACUAAAGCCGGCGUCAAGUACGUCCGUGUGGGCGGGGACAGCAUGGACAGGAAGUCGGAUGCCGAGGACGGCUUCUGGGACGACCUGAAGGAUGUGCUCAAAGUCGGCGCGCCAAUGGUCUCGGGCGCCCUGCGGACGGUCAGUCCAUUCUUGGGUCCCAUCGGAGGACCGAUUGCCGCUCUAGCUGGCACUACCAUCUCCGUGGCUGCCAAACGGAGUGUCGAGAGUGGGUUUACUGAUGCCUAUCCGGGUGAAUCCGCUCAGUCUCGCACGGCCGAAGAAGCCAUUCUGUCCGAGGCUGCGCUGCAGGCCUUCUUGCGGGCGGAUGCCGACCGUAUGAAACAGCUCGGUAUCAGCACGCGGAUUAUGAAGGAGUACAAGAAGGCAGCUGCAGAUGUUGACAUCGUGGCGCCUACGAUCUUACCAGCCAUUUUGCCGGCGGCUUUGCAUCUCUCGCAAGAUAUGUACACCCAAAAGGGUGCAGAGGCAGAUAGGGACCCAUUCCAUCCGACAUCGUACGGUCGGCGGGAGCCAAUCCGCCUCCCAAGGGAUUUUCGAGAUGACUCGUUCACGCACUACCUGCUCAAGUCGGUGGAGCGCGAGACGGAGGAUGAGAUUUUCUGGGGCAUGUUGGGUUCAGUGCUGUCGGCUGCCUCCAAGGGGGCGAAUGCCGUUCAAACAGGACUAUCUGUCAUUAGCAAGAUGGUGCCGACGACUGAGGCUGCCUUUGAAGAACAGCCAAUGGACCCGUACCUGAAGGUCUUGGGCCGUCGUGCCCUGCUCGCCGGGGCGACUCUGCAAGUGCUCCGCAAUACGCCACCGGAGCAGCUCGAGACAGAGGACUUCUUCACCCGCAUCCAAUUUAUCGUGCAGAAGAUCGGGCCUGCGGUGAUGAAGUAUGCACCUGUGGUGGUCUCGGCGGUUCGUCCAGUUCUCACGCCUAUUAUUCAGCCUCCAGCAGGGACUACUUCUCUUGCUGGAUCCUCGUCGUCGACCCAGGGCAGCAGAUCUUCCUCGACAGCAGGUCAGUCGACCCUGGAGGUGCCAGGAGGAGGCGUCGGUGGGCUGAAAAAACGACCGAGUCAGACCUUCUUCGACAAGGUGAUGGGCACAGCCAAUGAGUGCAAGCUGCUCCUGCGUGAGCGUGUUUCCGAGAGCCAGGACGCGACCGAGGCUAGUGGAUCCAAUCAAGAUGGGUUGAUGUGGACCAGUAUGAAUGACGCUUGA